AUGGUUCGCGGCAGAACUACCGGUAGAGGCGCGGGGAGAGGCAGUGCCGCUGCCUCGUCAAGAUCUCAGACUGAGGGCGCCGACGAUUCAAAUCAGCAAGGUGCUGCAUCCACACGAGCGUCACGCGCAGCAGCUUCGACCGGCAGAUUCAGACCCAAGAACAUUCGACGAGAUGAGUCAGAGCGAGACGCGCUGGCCCAGCAGGAACAGCAGAAGGCGAGCGACAGGGCCGCAGACGAGAGGCGCGCCAGGGGCCGGUCACGGUUCCGCAGCAAAAGGAGUCGUGGUGAUGCCAUGGGAAGCAGAGGAGGCGGCUUUGGCCGGCCAGUAGCCGGAGCCAGCGGGCCCUUUUCAUCAGGAAUGGGAGGUCCAGCUGGUGGAGGUUGGUUUGGAGCUGGCGGCGGUGGUGGCGGAGGCAGUUUCGCAAGAACUGGUAAAUUCGAAGCCAAGCCUGGCUCAGGGUUCGGGUUUGCCAGCGAGGGCCGCUUCCGAGAGACGAGAAUCAAUGCCGACAAACUUCACACGAUGGCGCAUGACGAUGACCUGGACAGCGAAGACGAAGCCAUGCUGGCUGCACUCCAUUCUCGGUCAGGAAGUGUCAUGCCUAUGGGUAUACUCCGACGAGAACACAAAGAGGCGCCAGUGGUUGUUGCUACGACUGCGGAACUAGAGGCAGCGGAAAAGGCGUUAGCCGAAGAAGAAAGCCUUUGGGUUGAUGGCGAAGCGCCUGAAUCAUUACCACCGGCCGACCAACCCGAAGAGGGCGAUUGGAAUACGAGUGCCAAAAGGGCCGUUAAAGUCAAAAAGGAGCCGACAGAUGAUACCAUGGACUUGGAUGUUGACGUCAAGCCUACUACAGAUGAGGGUAAACUGCCUGUAGCCAAGAUGAAGGCCAAGAAGGCAGCUGCUCAAGAUCCCGAGGAGAAUAUGAUUCGCACGGACUUGAGUCUUCUGGCUAGCGAACUCGGCGCAAUCACAAUCAACGGAGAUGGCGAAGAGAAAGGCGACGAGGCUGGUAACAAAGACGGCCGACUAUAUCUAUUUCAAUUUCCCCCACUACUUCCUCCCCUCAAGCAGGUUGCCGCCCCCCAGCCUCGCAUUAAAGUCAAGGAAGAGGAGCAACAUUCUACCAGCUUGCACGCGACCCCCUUAAGCGCAUCAUCUACCGCUACGCCUGUUGACCUCACACAGCAGGGCGAGGACGAGGACGAAGAGUCAGAUGACGAGGACGAAGAACAAGAGCGCAGAAACGGUUUCCGGUCCCAGGCACUCUCCAACGGCGGCCUCAUCGGCCGGCUCAACGUCCGAAAGUCCGGCAAGGUAGAGCUGGACUGGGGAGGCCGCAUCCUGGAGAUGAGCCCCGCUGCAGGCAUGAACUUCCUCACGACAGCCGUCAUCGUUGAGGAGUCGGAUGAAAAACCGCAAAACGGCGUCACAACGGGCGAGAGCAUCGGCAUGGGCAAGAUUAUGGGCCGGUUUGUGCUCGCACCGAUAUGGAACGAGGAAGAGGACUGGGAGGUUGCGCCAGAGGAGCUCGAUAUUGGGGCCAUGAGUCAAUGA